AUGCAGAAUGAUGGAGCCGCUGGAACGAAAGAAGAGUUUGAAUUGGCACUUUCUCGAGAUCGCGCUACGGUAUCACGAACCGAAUGGUGGAACGACUUGCAGAGCCUUCAAACGAGGCUUAAGCACUUCGCCGAUUCAAAAUCCCAAUUUAUGGCCGCCGUCCAGUCGAUUCAUAUGGCAGGUCAGCUCCCGAACAGUACAAAACAUCUCGAAAGCUUGUUUUACGUGUUGCAAAGAGAUGAAGCACUGCUCUCGGAGUCGAUUGUACGAGCUCAGAGACUGGAUCCAGAAUUGGGUCACUUAGAACAUGCCUUUCUAGAGAACGACAAGAGCGCGAUACCUGACCAGCAGCCUGCAUUUACCGGGGCCAUAGCCCAACACGACCCCCAAGAGAUCCAACGAGAGCCACCAGGGCAGUUCGAUGCAGACUCGGACGGCAUCCCGGAGGCUGUCAGCAACUAUUUCGAAGCCGUCGGAGAUUCUAGGCUUAUGAUUGCCAAUCUUGAAGAAGAACUUCCCGCAAAACUUCGAGAGGAAAUAUCUGAAAGGGAACGAAAAGCCUCACAAGAUAUUCCACUUGGGGUAUCUGACGAUGAAUUCAAUGAAAUCUGGACGUCGAGGGUGCAGCAGGCCAGGCACGAGCUUGUGCGCUUGCAAGAGCGAGCACAGUAUCUUCAUGGACUGUGCAUCGCACAGGGUUUGAACACGGAUCCCAGCUUCUACAGAAAGAAGAGUGAGAGCGCUGAGUCUACGAGCAUCGACACUGGAGAAGCGAUUCAGGACUGGCUGGAGGACUUGCCAAACUCUAGCCCAGCAUCUCUACCUGACGAUUCGAUCAGCUGGAGUCACUCCAGUCUUCAACGGCACGAUGAUAACAUAGCUCCGGAAACGUCUCCUAUACAAGUAUCUUCCCAAGGGUAA